CACACAAUUCCUUGCAUCUUUUUUUCCAAAAUUCCGCGGUUUUUCCUCAUCCACGACCGACUCGACAACUUCGCCCAGUGCCGACACAACCCUCCAAAAUGGCUCCCAAGGACGUUAAGAAAGGCGGUGCCUCCAAGGCCGGCAAGGGCGCUCAGGCCAAGAAGGCUGCCCAGGCGGCCCUCAAGGGUGUGCACUCCCACAAGAAGACCAAGGUCCGCACCUCGACGACCUUCCACCGCCCCAAGACCCUCGUCCUGUCGCGCGCCCCCAAGUACCCGCGCAAGUCGGUCCCUCACGAGCCCCGCCUGGAUGAGCACAAGGUCAUCAUCCACCCUCUCAACACCGAGGGUGCCCUGAAGAAGAUCGAGGAGCAGAACACCCUCGUCUUCAUCGUCGACGUCAAGGCCAACAAGGCCCAGAUCAAGCAGGCCCUGAAGAAGCUCUAUGACAUUGACACCGUCAAGAUCAACACCCUGAUCCGCCCUGAUGGCUCCAAGAAGGCCUUUGCCCGCCUCACCGCUGAUGUUGAUGCUCUUGACAUUGCUGCCACCAAGCUCGGCCUUGUCUAAACAGACUAAAUGUUUCGGCUGGGGAGCUGGGUUUCCAAAAAUAUAAAAAAGGGUCGGCACAUCGAAGGACAUGGGUUGCAUUUCGAUCGGCGUCAGAUACCUUGGGCUUGGGCACAUGACUUGGGCAAUGAAAAGAAUUGACAUGACCUUGGUGCCGUUACCUAGCUUCCAUGCCUGAACCGUAUUUCUUGCACCCUUGAUGAUAACCUUGACGUGGUGCCGAAGUGAUACGAAGCCGCGUUGACUGCUCCCCAUCCAUGAAACAACCACAUUACAGGUUAUGUAAGGCGUUCAAUUCCUGUAGUUAUCUAUAUUGUCACAUAUGAUACUGUACAAUGUGCUCCAUGUCUAGCGGUAUGCACUCCUAGCCGUCGAGUCUUGUAAGCCUGAACCCCUUACCGGAGCCAUGCCCGUCCGCACGUUGCCAGAUAAUGCCCCGACAGGGAUAUCCGGCUUCGCAAAUA